AGAAGUUGAAAGGUUAUGACUAAGAUGGUAUUGAACUAGAAUAUUUGAAAAAUAUAUGAUCAAGAAAAUGGCAUCGAAAACAGCUGUAACAUUGAUGACUUUAGUUUUAGUAAAUCUUCUUUCUUGUUCUCAUGGUCAAGUAUUUAUUAAUUCGGACCUAACAGCGCAAGUAGCGACACCAGUGAUCAAAAAUGAAAAUCUACAAACGCAAACUGUUUACGGAUUUUUGGAUUUCACGACGACGAUUGGCAACACAGUUAUGAUAUUUUCUCCGCAAAGUGCUUCUCCUGUACCAGAAAAAGCAAAAGAUGUUUCCUCAAACAUUAUAAUCGACACGAAACCAGUCGUCUCAAAAAACCAAGUAGUUAAUAUCGCCCCUUCAAAACCACACCCAGAAGUCAAAGAAGCGACUGAAAAAACUCAGAAAAUAUCCUCUGUAGUUCAGGUAAAUCCUUUACCAGAAUUGCCAAGCAAGAUUAAAAUUAAACCAGCCACUGAAGCGAAUGUAAUUGAAAAUAAAGCUCCGUCAAAGCCUAAGCCACCGCCGAUAAUAGUAAGUAAAGUUGAGGUUAUUGAAGAGGCUAAGCCGACUAUACAGGAGAACGUAAUCACAAAGGUAGAGGUUGUUACGGAAGCCCCUAAAGCGGUUAUAGCGAGCAAAGUCGAAGUAGUAACGGAAGAAAAACCAACUCAAACUGUCCUGCACAGUGUCGUUCAAGUAAAGUCAGACGACGAACCGGCAUUGAUUAUCGGAAAUAACAUCGGCGAGCCGGAGUACGAUUUUCUAUCCAGACAACCCUCAGAAGUCGUAGAGGAAACGUACAAAGUAAUAAACUUGAGGCCGAGCUCAAAGUUCCAUUUGAAACCCCGUCAGUCAGCCGAGCCAAAAAACAACAAAGCAACUAAGAAAGCUGAUAAUGCUCACCCCACCGGAUUGGUUUCUAAGAUGGAAGUAUUACAAAGUACUUCGCAUGUUUACAAUCAACCCAAAGAUGUUAACAAGGUCAAAAUUGCACCUUCUCAGAGCGUGAGAAUUUUGAAAACUGCUGCUCCUACAUUGAAAAUCAAUAAGAAGCAACAACACCUGGAACCGACACCGGCGGCUUCCAUUAACGAGGAUGUGUCCAUUGCGGCAGCGGAUGCUUUUAGCGGCCAAAACUCGAUAAAAGCGACAAGAAAACCAGGAAAAAGGUUCAAAAGCCGACAAAAGGAGCAGGAAAACCUAGAACAGAGGUUGGAAAAAGAUGCGUCGGCUUCCAGCCAGGCCACUAAAAAGUCAACGAAGAAUAGAAACAGCUCGUCUCGGAAUUCUAAACACAACACGUCUUCUCAAAGACAGUCAAAAAAUGGUCGGGGGAAUCGAAAAACCAAUCGCAAAUCAAAAUCAUCAAAAUCCUCUACAACUCCUCCUCCAACUGCCUAUAGCGACGAGCCAACCACUGCAUCAUCUGGCAAGCGGUUUUCUUCAGGAAACAAUAGAAGGAAAUCUAAUAGAGCUUCCACAGUGACUAGCGAAGAAAAGAAUAAUGCUGGAUUUAGCAGGAGAGGUUACAAGCCAAGGAUUCAGACGUCUACGGUGGAUCAAAACGCUGGACAAGCAUCUACGAGUUUGUUUAAAUUCAAGUUAAAUAGAACCCCUGGCAGAUGGCAGUACAAAACCACUCCCAAACCUCGCGUGAGUAUUCUCCGUAAACCAAGCGACGAUGAUGAAGUCACCAGUAAUAACGAGACAAUAGAAAUUCCAUCGUCCGUAAAGCCGGAGACAUCCGUCCAGCAACAGCAAAACAACGAAGUUGGGGUAACCCCGCAGGCCAGAUCGGACGAUGUUGAUAGCCUCGAAGGAUCAGAGUCUAUUGCAACGAUUAUUGACGACGAAAGUGCAACCGAAAACAAACUGGAUGGACCCACGUUACCCUUGGAGACUUUGAAAGUUGAAAUUUCUACCCCUCCAGACUUUAAGGAUGUCUAUUAUGAGAUUGCGACUAUAAAAUCUCCAUAUACAUUCCAGGUCGGCAAUGUAAAGAACACCCGCUAUAUAACCGUAACGUCGACCUUUGAAAAAACUCUGGAAAGCACGGAAGCUACACCAAUCCUCUCCCCAACGGAACCAUUAACAGAAAAUAUUCUCGCUUCGACAAGCAACUACGCGAAAGAUAACAACUUAGACUCGAGCAUCGCCACGCUGCCGCCCAUUUAUCUUGCAUCAGAUGUAGCAACGCCACCCCUCGAAACACUUACAGAAACAUUCAGCACGACCCAGACAAUGCUCAAGACACACAUUCUGCCCGUAAUUCGAGGCGUCAAUGACACGACUAUCUCCACUUUAGUGCAGACCUACUUAAUAACCCGGUUAGUUACUGCCACGAAAACUCUGCCGCCAAUGGAGGCGUAUCAUUUUAAUCCUAGCAAGACGCUUAAUGAAUUUAAUAGUAGGCUUGACGAGGCCGGAUCCGAGCUCCAUCUUGAGCUUGAAUUUGGAGAUAGUAACGAACAGGAUGAGGAUGCUAUACCUAAGAAAAUUUUACCAGCUGACUUGGAUUUGGCCAACAUUGGCACCGACUUCAAAUUACCUGACUCUGAUAAAGCUAAAAUUGAACAAGAAUUAAAGAGCCGACGAGCACAAAAGAAACCUACUCUGAAUACCGAUUUGCCAUUGCCACAGCCCAAUUUGAGUCCUGAGCAAUUACAACAGCUAGCGUUAUUGAGGUUACUAAAUCCAGCAGCACAAGGUCAACAAGGUCAAGUGAUAACCACAUCUAAACCCGUACUUAAAGUUGAAACAGUUUAUGAAACGCAUAUACUUCCAGUGACACAAGGUCACAAUACUAUUUUAAGCACCAUAUCGAAAGUGAAAGGAACCUUUACUAAAACUGACUAUGAAUUUGGAACAAGUACUAUCGCACCAGCUUUCCCUCAACCAUUACCGCAAUUGCCACAAAUCCCACAACUUCCUCAGAUACCACAAAUUAAUCCCUUAUUCCCACAACAACCUCCUCAAGCACAAUUUACUGUAACAUCCUCUCCCAUAACUCAUAAUACAGUGGUAACUCAGACCAAUAGUAAGGUGCUCAAGCUGACAUUUGGUGCAAGAACGGCGUUGACAACAGUAUUUUCCACAACAGUGAUUCCUACUAUUUUAACUACGUACGCCACUGCAUCAGUCCCAGUAGUUGCACCUACAGCAGCUUUUCCAGGAUAUUUCCCAGCGCCAUAUCCAGCUUAUCCGUAUGUAGGAUAGAGACAUAUAGUGUGAAAAUGGUGCUUUAGUGAAAAACAAUAUUUAUUUAUCGUGUUAUGUGGUCUUCGCGACAAAAAAACUUGUAAAUAGAAAUAGAACUUAUUAGUGGUAUUUUUUUCUCAGUCUAGAAGAUCAUAUUUGUACAUACAUAUUCAUAAUUUUUUUUAUACUUACUUGAAUUUAUUGAAGUUUAUUUUUUAGUAUUUUAUCCAGUGUUAUUUUUAUUAUAUUUUAUGUAAACUUGGAUGAUGAUAUUCACAGAUUAGUCCAAUCUAAAAUAUUUUUACGCUUUAAACAAUCAUCACUUUCUUUAAAUAACUUUAAAAAUUAUUAAAAAUAGGUUUAUGUAGAUAGAUCACUAAUUUUUAAGCGAAUAGGAUAAACAUACUGCCAGAUAUAGAACUGAUUUAUUGAUAUUUUUUAUUUGUGCAAUAAGGCCUUAUUUGUAUAUCUUUUUUUUUUUGUUUCUUGUAGAUAUAUUUUAUGCAUUUUUUAUAUAUAUAUUUUCGAUAUUUUGCAUAAUUAAAAUAAGGUUUAUAAAG